AACCAAUCCACGACGCUUGUCCGUUUCCAUGGGACUCUGCAAAACAGGCUUUUCUUUUCUGUGUAGCUAAUAUGUUUAAAAUGCACCAUGGAAAACUGAUUAGGCACUGAAAACGUGUUUUUGUUAUUUGUAGGUGUUCACGGAUGGUAAUAGAUAGUUUUUUCAGGUUAGCUUCAGCUGGAUAACCGCAGCAAGAGCAACAACAUCUUUCCAAGAUGAGCGAACAGUUAAAAUUCAUCGUUGAACAACUAAACAAGGACCCGUUCAAGAAAAACUUCAACCUCAUCACAUUUGACUCACUGGAACCGAUGCAGCUUUUGCAGAUCUUAAAUGACGUCCUGGCCGAAGUAGACCCAAAGCAAGCCACGGACAUUCGUGAAGAAAUGCCUGAACAAACUGUAAAGAGGAUAUUUUCUCUUCUUGGUGUGCUGAAAUACAAACCUCCUGCCAACCUCUCUGAUGUGAGCAGCUUUAGACAAGGUCUGGUGACUGCUAGCAAACCUGUGGUUCACCCCAUUCUGAACUGGCUGCUGCAGAGGCUCCCUGAGCUCAGGAAGAGGGCUUACUUAGCCCAGUUCCUCGUUAAGCUUGAGAUACCUACAGAUUUUUUGCAGGAUGACAUCACCAAUGACACAUAUCAUCAGUAUGAAGAGCUGGUGGAAGAAUUUAAGACAUAUCAUAAGGAAUGUGAGCAGUUAAGGACUUCAGGCCUCUCUACCUCAGAAAUCAGAAGGGACAUUAGCGCCAUGGAGGAAGAGAAAGAUCAACUAAUCAAACGUGUGGAGAGGCUGAAGAAGAAGGUGGAGCCGGUGUCCAACCAUCAGCGGAUGCUGGAACAGGCCAGACGUCUGCGAGUGGAGAAGGAGAGAGAGGAGUCACUGACUCACCAGAAGCAAGAACAGAAAAACCAGCUGUUUCAGGCAGAGCAGAGACUGCUGAGAUUACAGCAGCAGCUGAAGGAUUUGCAACAAUCAGCAGCAGAUGCUAAUCCAGAGAGUCUAAUGAAGAGAUUGGAGGAGGAGAUCAAGAUCAACUCCUACAUGGUGACCAAAAAACUCCCCAAGGAGCUGGAGGGCAUGAGGCGUUCAGUGCAAUACCUGCAGAAAGUAGCAUCAGAGCCUGCAAUGGGCCAGGCCGAUCUCCAAGAGCUGGAGAAUAAGAUUAAAGAGGCCGACGCUCAGAUAAACCAGCUGAUUGAAAAGAGGAUGAUGAGGAAUGACCCCAUAGAUGACAAACUGACCCUUUACAGGCAACAGGCCUCCAUUAUCGCUCGAAAGAAGGAGUCCAAGGCAGAGGAGCUUCAGGAAGCGAGGGAGGAGCUGGCCGCUGCACAGAGGGAGAUGAAUCAGAAGAACAACCAGUCACAGGCUUCAUAUGGAGAAGAAGUCAUCCGGGGUGAUGAGAUGAAACGUUUGGUGUUGAAACUGCGCAGCAAGGGAACAGUAUACAAGAAGAAACGCCAGGAAAUUGCAGAGCUGAGAGGAGAAUAUGGUGUCCUGCAACGGACAGAGGAGAUUCUCAAGCAGAAACACAAGAUCAUCCAGCAGAAACUGCAAACGUUGGAGGCUGAGAAGGGCAUAUCUGGCUACAGUGACACUCAGGAUGAGCUGGAGAGGGUGUCUGCCAUCAAGACUGAGCUCGACGAGAAGAAGGGUCGCACUCUGGACGACAUGUCUGAAAUGGUGAAGAAGCUGAACUCAACAAUAGCGGAUAAGAAGACGGCUCUUGCGCCGAUAAUCAAAGAGCUGAGGUCACUGAGACAGAGCCGGGAGGAGCUAAAUCAAGAGUAUGAGGAGAAAAAGGCACAAUAUGAAAGUUGUGCUGCUGGUUUGGAGAGCAACAGAUCUAAAUUGGAGCAGGAGGUGAGAGAACUGAGAGAGGAGAUGGCACAAAAGGAAAACCGAUACCACUUUGUCAACUCGAUGUCAGAGAUCAUUGAGAUGCAAAUGCAGCGGGCAGCUGAAGAGAUGAAGGCCUACGUGUCCUCUGAUCCCCAGGAGAGGAAGAAGACCAUCAGGGAAGUGUAUAUGAAGAACAUUGCAGAGCAGGAGUUACUCGGCAAGAAGUUGCGUGAGGAACAAAAGAUGGUGAGGGAGAGCCACGGCUCGAACAUGGAGCAGAUGAAGUUGUGGCGUGACCUGGAGCAGCUGAUGGAGUGCAAGAGGCAGUGCUUCAUAAAAGCACAGAACCAGGUUUCUAUCGGUCAUGUCAUUCAGGAAGGAGGGAAGGACAUGCUGGUACUGUGAGGCUCUGCUGCUCCCCAGCUUUCCAGUAACUAAAUUCAGUUCAUCAUAAUAUUCUGUAUCACCCAACUAGCUUCCUCAAACUUUUAAUAGUGAAUAUGUGUUAAAUGUUUCUGGAAACCGUAGCAUUAAAG